AUGGUGGACGUGGACGUGGACAUGGACAUGGACGUGGACGUGGAGGUGGACGUGGACGUGGAGAACUUGGACGUGGACAUAGAUGUGGACGUGGACGUGGACGUGGAGGACUUGGACGUGGACAUGGACGUGGACGUGGACGAGGACGUGGACAUGGACGUGGACGUGGAUGUGGACAUGGACGUGGACGUGGACAUGGACGUGGACGUGGACGUGGACGUGGACGUGGACGUGACGUGGACACGUGGACGUGGACGUGGACGUGGACGUGGACAUGGACGUGGACGUGGACGUGGACGUGACGUGGACGUGGACGUGGACGUGGACGUGGACAUGGACGUGGACGUAGACCUGGACGUGGACAUGGACGUGGACCUGGACGUGGACGUGGACGUGGACGUGGACGUGGACGUGGACGUGGACGUGGACGUGGACGUGGACGAAGACAUUGUCGUCGACGUGGACGUGGACGUGGAGGUGGACGUGGACAUGGACUUAGACGUGGACGUGGACGUGGACGUGGACGUGGACAUGGACGUGGACGUGGACGUGGACGUGGACGUGACGUGGACGUGGACGUGGACACGUGGACGUGGACGUGGACGUGGAUGUGGACAUGGACGUGGACGUGGACGUGGACGUGGACGUGACGUGGACGUGGACGUGGACGUGGACGUGGACAUGGACGUGGACGUAGACCUGGACGUGGACAUGGACGUGGACCUGGACGUGGACGUGGACGUGGACGUGGACGUGGAGGUGGACGUGGACGUGGACGUGGAGGUGGACGUGGACAUGGACUUAGACGUGGACGUGGACGUGGACGUGGACGUGGACGUGGACGUGGUCGUGGACGUGGACGUGGACGUGGUCGUGGACGUGGACUUGGACGUGAACGUGGACGUGGACGUGGACGUGGACGUGGACGUGGACGUGGACCUGGACGUGGACGUGGACGUGGACGUGGACGUGGACGUGGACUUGGACGUGGACGUGGUCGUGGACGUGGACGUGGACGUGGACGUGGACGUGGACCUGGACAUGGACGUGGACCUGGACGUGGACGUGGACGUGGACGUGGAAGUGGACGUGGACGUGGACGUGGACGUGGACGUGGACUUGGUCGUGGACGUGGACGCGGACGUGGACGCGGACGUGGACGCGGACGUGGACGCGGACGUGGACGCGGACGUGGACGCGGACGUGGACGCGGACAUGGACGUGGACAUGGACGUGGACAUGGACGUGGACGUGGACGUGGACGUGGACUUGGACGUGGACGUGGACAUGGACGUGGACGUGGACGUGGACGUGGACGUGGACAUGGACGUGGACGUGGACGUGGACAUGGACGUGGACAUGGACGUGGACAUGGACGUGGACAUGGACGUGGACAUGGACGUGGACGUGGACAUGGGCGUGGACGUGGACGUGGACGUGGACGUGGACGUGGAGAUGGACGUGGACAUGGACGUGGAGGACUUGGACGUGGAGAUAGGCGUGGACGUGGAUGUGGACGUGGACAUGGACGUGGACAUGGACAUGGACGUGGACGUGGACGUGGACAUGGACGUGGACAUGUACGUGGACGUCGACGUGGACGUGGACGUGGACGUGGAGAACUUGGACGUGGACAUGGACGUGGACGUGGACGUGGACGAAGACAUGGUCGUGGAUGUGGACGUGGACGUGGACGUGGACGUGGACAUGGACUUAGACGUGGACGUGGACGUGGACGUAGACGUGGACGUGGUCGUGGACGUGGACGUGGACGUGGACGUGGACGUGGACAUGGACGUGGACGUGGACGUGGACGUGGACGUGGACAUGGACGUGGACGUGGACGUAGACAAGGACGUGGACUUGGACAUGGACGUGGACGCUCGUGGACCAGGCAAGCUCCUGGACCAGGCAAGCUCCUUGACCAGGAUAGCUCCUGGACUAGGCAAGCUCCUGGACCAGGCACACUCCUGGACCAUGCAAGCUCCUAGACCAGGCAAGCUCCUGGACGAGGCAAGCUUCUGGACCAGGCAAACUCGUGGACCACGCACGCUCCUAGACCAGGCAAGCUCCUAG